UCGCAUUCUGUGCCACCUCUACAGUCGAUAUGCUAAACAAAAAUUAAAAACAUUGGUCAAUUCACACGUUGCAGUUUUUUUUUGGCAUUGUUCGAGGUCGAGUGAAAGCACCGCGCAAGUCCCGACAAUCCCGCUCCCGAUUCGUCUGCUAUGUUCAGGGUCAGACCGCUCUUCCCGCGGAUACGAAGCACUCUGCACACGACCUUGAAACUCCAGCCAGAUACAUCCCCAUCCGAAGCGGUAUCAGUCGGAAUCGGACGGGACCUGCACCUGAACCUGCGACUCCCACACAUCGGUUGUCGUAGUCGCACGCUGAGCAACCAGAAUUUCAGGGGAAUGGCCAGCGGAGGAGAGACACCCAAGGAGGCAUCCGCAGAGGCAGCCAAGGACUCUACGGAGGCAUCGACAUCCCAGGUGACAGUCAAGGAGGCAUUGGCAACCGGAGGGGCAUCCCAGGAGGAGCCUCCAAAGCAGGGCAAUCGCCUACUCUCCUCCAAGUCGCCGUAUCUCCUGCAGCAUGCCUACAAUCCAGUGGACUGGUAUCCUUGGGGCGAUGAGGCUUUCGAAAGGGCCCGCAGUGAGAACAAGCUCAUCUUCCUUUCGGUGGGCUACUCCACCUGCCACUGGUGCCAUGUGAUGGAACACGAGUCCUUCGAGAGCCCCGAAACAGCGGCCAUUAUGAACGAGCACUUUGUGAACAUCAAGGUGGACCGGGAGGAGCGUCCGGACAUCGACAAGGUCUACAUGCAGUUCCUGCUCAUGUCCAAGGGCAGUGGUGGCUGGCCGAUGAGCGUGUGGCUAACCCCAGACUUGGCUCCCUUAGUGGCGGGAACCUACUUUCCGCCCAAGUCCCAAUACGGCAUGCCCUCAUUCCAAACUGUGCUCAAGUCCAUUGCUAAGAAGUGGUCGUCCGAUAAGGAAUCUCUGCUGAAGGCAGGAACCGUUUUGCUCAGCGCCUUGCAGAGGAACCAGGAUGCGGCGGCCGUUGCAGAUGCAGCCUUUGGACCAGGAAGUUCUGGAGAGAAGCUACGCGAAGCCAUCAACAUCCAUAAGCAGCGAUUCGACCAGAGCCAUGGGGGCUUUGGUUCGGAGCCCAAGUUCCCGGAGGUACCGCGUCUCAACUUUCUCUUUCACGCGUAUUCCGUCACCAAGGAUGCGGAUGUGCUGGACAUGGCGAUUCAAACACUGGAUCACAUUGGAAAGGGUGGCAUAAAUGACCACAUUUUUGGAGGCUUUGCUCGAUACGCGACCACCCAUGAUUGGCACAACGUCCACUUUGAGAAGAUGCUCUACGAUCAAGGCCAACUAAUGGCAGCCUUUGCCAAUGCCUACAAGAUGACCAGGAACGAAGCCUUUCUGGGCUAUGCAGACAAGAUCUACAAGUAUUUAAUGAAGGACCUAAGACACCCUUUGGGGGGAUUUUUUGCCGGCGAGGAUGCGGAUUCGUUGCCCACCCACGAAGACAAAGUGAAGGUGGAGGGAGCCUUCUACGCCUGGACCUGGGACGAGAUUGAAGCUGCAUUCAAGGCUCAGCCGGAGCGGUUUGAUGACAUUACGCCCGAGAAGGCUUUUGAGGUCUACGCCUUCCACUACGGGCUAAAGCCAACGGGAAAUGUACCGACCUACAGUGAUCCACAUGGCCACCUCACUGGCAAGAACAUUCUUAUUGUGCGAGGAUCAGCAGAGGAGACCUGCUCCAAUUGCAGCUUGCCUGCGGAGUACUUUGAGACCCUGCUGGCCACAGCCAAUGAUAUUCUGCAUGCUCUGCGGGAUAAGCGGCCGCGUCCGCACCUGGACACCAAGAUCAUAUGCGCCUGGAAUGGCCUGGUGCUGUCGGGCCUCUGCAAACUGGGCAGCUGCUACUCCGCCAACCGCAAUCAGUACAUGCAGACGGCCAAGGAACUUUUGGAAUUUCUGCGCAAGGAGAUGUUUAAGCCGGAAGAGAAUCUUCUCAUUCGCUCCUGCUAUGGCGUGGCUUUGGGAGAUGAAACCCUGGAGAAGAAUGAAUCCCAAAUCGAUGGCUUCCUGGAUGACUAUGCGUUCCUCAUCAAGGGCUUGCUGGACUACUAUAAGGCCACGUUGGACAUCGAUGCCUUGCAUUGGGCCAGGACACUGCAGGACACCCAGAACAAGCUAUUCUGGGACGAGCGCAAUGGAGCCUACUUCUUCUCGCAGGAGGAUGCGCCCAAUGUUAUUGUGCGGCUAAAGGAGGACCACGAUGGUGCCGAGCCUUGCGGUAACAGUGUAUCCGCCCGCAAUCUCGUCCUGCUGGCGCACUAUUACGAGGAGAAUGCCUACCAAGAGAAGGCCGAAAAGUUGCUUAACUUCUUUGCCGACGUCUCGCCCUUCGGACACGCUCUACCAGAAAUGAUGUCGGCUCUGCUGAUGCACGAGAACGGACUGGAUCUUGUGGCAGUGGUGGGACCGGAUUCCCCGAGCACCCAGCGUUUCGUGGAGAUUUGCCGCAAGUUCUACAUCCCAAGCAUGAUCAUAGUGCAUGUGGAUCCCGCGAAUCCGGAUGACUCCUCCAACCAUCGCCUGCAAACAAAGUUUAAGAUGGUCAAUGGCAAGACCACGGUUUACAUUUGUCACGAGCGAGCAUGUCGCAUGCCGGUUACCUGUCCAACGCAGUUGGAGAAUAACCUAAUGGAGUUCUUCUUCUCGAAGCGUGACUAAAUCCUAGGAGUUUCUCGAAUUAUAUUUUUAGAUCAUCUAGAUGUUAUUGAAUGUUGUUUAUUUUUUUUGCUUCAAAAGCGAAAAUCAGUUCUCGGAACUGCCUAGUUGUAAGUAGGCGUUAAUAAAGACUCCAAUAGACUUG